AUGACGGUUGACAGGCCUAGUAGGAGCAGGGGCGAGUUGCUCGAGAAGAAGAUAUACAAAUCGGCGCUUCUGGAAACAGUCGAGGUUUUGAACAAGAAUGCGGAUGAGAAAGACUCGUGCAAGAAAAAGAAGCGUAAAUCAGUUGAUGAAGAGGCAUCUGGUGAGAACGGCAUACCAUGGAUAAUUAAAAAGCCAAAAGUUGAUCCGUAUAGGACAACAGAAAAGAAACAGAAAAGAAACCAAGAAGCAAAGGCAAUGCAUAUCCAAAAGAGACAAGGCAAGCAAGAUACUAAGCAUUAUGAGAAUAUCCAAACCGAGGAGCAUUCAAAGAAAACACGAAAAGAAAGGAAACAGGAAAAGAUGAGCGGAAGAGGACAUGGAAUAUCUUCCAAAGAGUACUAUGAAAAGUUUGUGAAGAAAGAAAGAAGUACAAAUGUUCAGAGUGCACGUAAUUCCGAUAAAAAACAAAAUUCUGAUGCAAAUGAUCAAAGGUCUAGCAGAGAUUCGUUUGCAUCUAAACGGAAAACAGACUUUCCGGCCAAUGCCAAUGCCAAGGGACGGCAGGGAUCGAAAUCAAAUGAUGGCAAAAAAAGAAACACAAGUCACAAAAAGAGGUGA